GAUGUGUCUGUACUUAAAACUGUGUCUCUGGAUGCUUUUACAGGCUAUACUUGGACUCCAGUCAUCUGACCGUAGGUCCACAAGAAUCUUUGCUUCAAUUGGAGACAGUGUGAGUUUACCAUGUGGUACAUCCUACAUCAAUUCCUGCUCCUCUGUUACCUGGAGUAUAGUGAAAGAUGGGUUUCAUAACCAAUUAGAACUAUCAGGCAAGGUGAAAGCGGAUGGUCCAAACUCAGGAAGAGCCAGUCGACUGAAAGUGGGACAUGACUGCUCUCUACAUAUUCAACCUCUUGAAAUAGAUGAUGGAAGAGUUUACACCUGUGAAGAUGGGGCUACCAGUUCAAGUGUUUCUCUUCAGCUUCUCAACAUUGCUCUGGCAACAGACACCAAUACAGCACCAGAGAUGGAUAUCAAGCUCCAAUGUUACCUGAAUAUAUUCUCAGGCCUUGUCCCACAAUGCAACCAUAGUGAAAUAAAGCUGAAUUGGCUGAAUGAGGCCAAUACAGUGCUACAGGGAGAGAGAUUUCAGACCGAACGUUCAUCUGAUUGCUUCUCUACGCUGACCAUCCGAGGUGUCAGGAAGACAGACCAUCACAGGAAGUGGCGGUGUCAACUGAUUGAAGGAGAGGUUGUGAAGACGUCCCUCAGCUAUACCACAGAAAUUACAGGAGGUAUAGAGGAAGUGUUUGUCGCAGUGGGUGAGUCAGUAUCACUUCCCUGUGUCACCCACUCCUCUCUCGAGGUGGGCAGCAGAUUCCAGUGGACUCUGGAUCAAAGGUCACUGUCCAGUCUGUCUCGGUCAGGCGAUAUCUCAGCUGGAACUCAGGGUCACCUCCCUGCAUCUCACAUCAGCCAAGACGGGUCUUUGGUCAUCAGCAAUGUGAAAACACUGCAUUCUGGGCUCUACAACUGCUCGCAACAGAACAGAAUCCUACUACACACUCUGGAUGUAUCUGCAGAGUAUGCUACCACAGGCGGAAACAAUCUCACCCUGACAUGCUCACUCACCUGUGUGGAAGAUUGUGGAGACUUCCAUUUAUCCUGGAUUCACAGUGGCCAGGAUGGGUUGCAGAGUGACCCUAUAGGACAUAACAACACCCUCAGCUCCAAACUCUUCCUCCCUGACCGCCAGGGCACAGAGAAGAUAGCCUGCGCCGUGCUCAGAGAGGGGGUUGAAAUGGCUGUAAAGGAGUGGACCAUCCAGAGAGGUCAUGUUCUACCUGCAGUGGUAUGGUCAGUCCUUCUGCUGCUGCUGCUCUGUGCUGUUGGAGGGGGCGUGUAUUGGAAGAGGCAGGGCAAGGGAAGUGCCGCUGGUACGGAUGUGUUCACUGGUUAGAUGGUGUGUGUUACAAAACUGCAAUUUGGAUGUUGCAUCCUUGAUUAAACGUACAGUAAUGAACAGCAGUGAAAGGGAAAGACAUAUCAUCAGAAUUAAAUUCAUGAGAAAUAAAGCUGACAUUUGUCCCUCUUUGCCUAUAGAAGGAGAAGAACAGCAGACUCCUGUUGAAAUGGUAACGAUUCAGUAAAACACAACUAUGUCAUUCACUAACAAGUCAAGCCCAAUUGAGUACGCCUACAACGUGACAUCAAAUUUGACUAAAUGUCUUCUAACCCUUUUACCAUGUUGGUGAACUAAAUUCAACUGGUUUUACACAUUCCAUCUU